GUCACAGCAGAAGAAGCAGCAGGAGCAGCAGCACGCUGUAUUGAUGAGACUGAAUUGAGAAUAAACUUCACUUUAUACAUUUCAGAUUUAAUUCAGCUGUUACUUAAAGAUAACGAGGAUAACGAGGAUAACGAGUCUCAGGACUGAGUCACAGCCCUCUGUUAGCAGUGUCUCCAUCAGUGAAGAACUGUGGAGCACAUGAUGGAGGAGGAGUGUGUGGGUGGAGGAGAAGCCGUCCUGCAGCUCCAUCUGCUCUGUGAUUCUUUAUCUUCCUGCACCAAGUCUGUGGGAACCGAUCUGUCUAUGACAGACAUCUCAGACCUUCAUGCUGAAGUGUGUGAGCUCAGAGAGCUGGUGUCUGUGCUGGAGGAGACGCUGCAAAGACAGAAAGCAUUAAACAGUCUCCAGGAGGUGAAGCGAGCUGCAGCAGCAGCCUUGUGCUCGGUGUGUAAAGCUGGUCUGAACAUUGCAGAGGUUCGAGACUCUGUGCAGAGUGUGUGUGCUGAGCGUGAGGAGUGUGAGGUCCAGUGUGAGCCACAGACUCCGCUGAUGAAGUGUUCAGUGAAAGUGGUGGACUGUCAGACCAUGGAGCCGACCACAUCCGACAUGAGCGAGGAAAAGGAGCGUGACGAGAACGGAGAACCGAUUGCUAACGUUCAAAGCGAUGAUGGAACCUGGUCCCCUUCAUCUAGAAGGCCAGAAAACAGAACAGAACUACUGCAUGUCAACAAACUCAAACCCCGAAGGAGAAGCACUGUGAGGCAUGACUGCAGCCAUAGGGAAGGAGUUUCUGAAGUGAACGGAGAUGUGAAGGAGACACUGACCGAGCCUGAGGACAGGAGGAGCGAUCAGAGAAACAACAGGAGGAGCAAUCAGGUUCAAGAGAGAGCAUUCGAGUGCUCGCAGUGCCACAAAAUCUAUGGUACAGCGUUGAGCUUGCGGAACCACAUAAAGAGACAUGACAAGGACAUGAGGCACUGCUGUCGGGAGUGUGGGAAGCGGUUCGUGACAUCAGCCGAGCUGAAGCUGCACACCAGCCGACACACAGGGGUCAGCAGCUUUGUGUGUGAGGUAUGCGGACAAAACCUGGCUGGCUCGUCAGGACUCAAAGCGCACAUGCUGACGCACAGCGACGAGAGACCGUUCUGCUGCAGGGAGUGCGGAAAGACCUUCCGGACAAAAGGGAACCUCAAGGCUCACCUAAGGACUCACACAGGAGAGAAACCGUACCGCUGCACGUACUGCGAGCGCACGUUCAGUCACGCGCCACGCGUCAAGGUUCAUGAGCGCUCGCACACCAACGAGAAGCCCUUCAAGUGCCAAACCUGCGGAAAGACCUUCUCACGCCUGGACAGUCUCCGCUCGCAUGAGAGCGUCCACACCGGCCUGAAGCCAUACCAGUGCUCGCACUGCGGGAAGAGCUUCAGACAGGCCAGCCACCUGCUCUGUCACGAGAGGACGCACACCGGUGAACGCCCGUACCUCUGCUCUGACUGUGGGAAGAGCUUCUCCAGCCACGGCCACUUCCGCAGCCACCGCCGCAUCCACACGGGCGAGCGGCCCUACCAGUGCACGGCCUGUGGAAAGAGCUUCAGGAAGCAGUUCACGCUGCACCAGCACAGCAAGACACACACUGGAGAACGACCCUACAAGUGCACGCAGUGUGACAAGAGCUUCGCCCGGACCUGCACACUGAAGCAGCACCAGAGAAUGCACUCGGGGGAAAAGCCGUACCAGUGCGCCAUCUGUGGAGAGAAAUUCACCUUCCUGAGCUCACUGCACCAGCACCGGAAAAAACAUAGCCAGGAUGACAUGCAGGACACCACCAGCUCACCGUCCCUCACUGCAGGAAUCUCAUCAGGAUUUCAACAGCAAACAUCCACAGCCUGAAGCUCCAUGAGAAGUUCAGCUUCUUCAGGUUUCUCAGUGCAAUAACCCCAUUACUGCUCCACCAGCAUCCAGGAACUAAACAGCUGUAUAGUACAGCUGUGGAGUAACGGACCUCAUCACUGAUUAUUUGACUGAUAUUAAUUAUAAAUAUGUUACAUGAAAUAAAGUACACAAAGAAACUUUGA